GGCCCAACCAGAGAGGGGCCUGCCUCGCUGCCGGGAGCCCGGCUGUCCGGGCCUCCCUACUUCUCUGUCCCGGUCCCCCUCCUCGGGGCCUUCUAUAUGGGCCACCUUCUCUCGAAGGAGCCGCGUAACCGCCCAAGCCAGAAGAGGCCUCGCUGUUGCAGCUGGUGCCGCCGCCGCCGCCCUCUCCUCAGGCUGCCCCGCCGGACCCCGGCCAAGGCGCCCCCCCAGCCGGCGGCGCCCCGGAGCCGGGACUGCUUCUUCCGCGGGCCCUGCAUGCUCUGCUUCAUCGUGCACAGCCCCGGCGCGCCCGCCCCCGCCGGCCCAGAGGAGGAGCCGCCGCUCUCGCCGCCGCCGCCGCCGCCGCGGGACGGGGCCUACGCCGCGGUCGCCUCCUCGCAGCACCUGGCGCGGCGCUACGCGGCCCUGGCCGCCGAGGACUGCGCCGCCGCCGCUCGCCGCUUCCUGCUAUCCUCGGCCGCCGCCGCCGCCGCCGCCGCCGCUUCGGCCUCGUCGCCCGCCUCCUGCUGCAAAGAGCUGGGGCUGGCCGCGGCAGCCGCUUGGGAACAGCAGGGCCGGAGCCUCUUCUUGGCCAGCCUGGGGCCCGUGCGCUUCCUGGGGCCGCCCGCCGCCGUGCAGCUCUUCCGGGGGCCGCCGCCGCCGCCGCCGGCCGAGCCCCCCACGCCUCCCGAGAUGGUGUGCAAGCGGAAGGGGGCCGGGGUCCCCGCCUGCACCCCCUGUAAGCAACCCCGCUGUGGCGGGGGGGCCUGCGGCGGCGGCGGCGGCAGCGGAGGAGGAGGAGGACCUGCGGGGGGAGGCGCCUCGCCGCCGCGGCCCCCCGACGCCGGCUGCUGCCAGGGCCCAGAGCAGCCACCGCAGCCUCUCUGUCCCCAGCGCUCCUCUCCCACUUCGGAAGGUGCCCCCACAGAGGCCGGUGGGGACGCCGUCCGAGCGGGGGGCACCGCCCCCUCGCCCGCCCAGCAGCAGCACGAAUGCGGCGACGCGGACUGUCAGGAGACCCCCGAAAAUCCGUGCGACUGUCAUAGGGAGCCAUCCCCCGAAACCCCAGACAUCAAUCAGCUGCCGCCAUCCAUCCUGCUCAAGAUAUUUUCCAAUUUAUCCCUGGAUGAGCGUUGCCUUUCUGCAUCAUUGGUUUGCAAGUACUGGCGUGACCUUUGUUUAGAUUUCCAGUUUUGGAAGCAGCUGGAUCUUAGUAGUCGUCAGCAGGUCACGGAUGAAUUAUUGGAAAAAAUUGCAUCAAGAAGUCAAAAUAUAAUUGAAAUCAACAUUUCUGAUUGUCGCAGUAUGUCUGAUACUGGCGUGUGUGUUCUAGCAUUUAAAUGUCCUGGACUUCUUAGGUAUACAGCCUACAGGUGUAAACAGCUUUCUGACACCUCUAUUAUUGCGGUUGCCUCUCACUGUCCUUUACUUCAGAAAGUUCAUGUAGGCAACCAGGACAAACUUACUGAUGAAGGACUCAAACAGCUGGGCUCAAAAUGCAGAGAACUCAAAGAUAUUCAUUUCGGCCAGUGUUACAAGAUCUCAGAUGAAGGCAUGAUCGUCAUAGCUAAGGGCUGUCUGAAAUUACAAAGAAUAUACAUGCAGGAAAACAAAUUAGUGACAGAUCAGUCGGUGAAAGCAUUUGCUGAGCACUGUCCUGAACUUCAGUACGUUGGCUUCAUGGGUUGUUCAGUUACUUCUAAAGGAGUCAUUCAUCUAACCAAGCUAAGAAACCUUUCCAGCUUGGACCUACGUCAUAUCACUGAACUGGAUAAUGAAACCGUGAUGGAAAUUGUCAAGAGGUGCAAAAAUCUAAGCUCUCUCAAUCUCUGCCUGAACUGGAUCAUAAAUGACAGGUGUGUGGAGGUCAUUGCAAAGGAAGGACAAAACCUGAAAGAGCUGUAUUUGGUGUCCUGUAAAAUCACAGAUUAUGCACUGAUAGCCAUUGGGCGAUACAGCAUGACAAUAGAGACUGUGGAUGUUGGAUGGUGUAAAGAAAUUACAGACCAAGGAGCCACCCUGAUUGCACAGAGCAGCAAGUCUCUGAGAUAUUUGGGGCUGAUGAGAUGCGAUAAAGUCAGUGAAGUGACGGUGGAGCAGCUAGUGCAGCAGUACCCCCAUAUCACCUUCAGCACCGUCCUGCAGGACUGCAAGAGGACCCUGGAGAGAGCCUACCAGAUGGGCUGGACCCCCAACAUGUCUGCCGCCUCCUCCUGACAGCCCUGCCCACGCUUGGGUCCACGCGGAUCAGCCAGCAGGGCGGAGAGCAAUUGUAGAGUUGGG